AUGCAUGAUAGACUCAGAACAAGAGAUAAACUCUUUAAAUAUGAUGCUUGUGCUGAGGAUAGUUGUUUGCUAUGUGGUGCUAAUAUUGAGGACAGACAGCAUCUGUUCUUUAAUGGUAGAUACAGUCAAGAGUGUUUGAUGAGAAUUGCCCAUUGGCUCCGUAUUCCAAAUCAGAAUUUCUUCAUUGAUGAGGUUUGGAAGAACUGGCUCAGAGCAGUGAAAGAUAAGGUGCAGCAGAAGGAGGUUCUGGCAGUUCUGGCUUGUGUUGUUUAUCACAUUUGGUUUGCUAGGAAUACAACUUUUUGGCAGAAAGUUGUUAUUCACCCUUCCAAGCUUUAUAAAGCUAUUGGUAGGUCCUUUUCAGUUGUGGUCUGUGUCCUUCCUAGAAGGCAGCAGACUGCUUCUGGAUAG